AUGAGAAAAUCUUCUCGAAAUGUUGUAUUCAUUAACACAUCUCCUCCAAGUGAUCGUGUUGAACUGUUGAAACCUCUCAGUGAGAUUGAGAAGAUGUCAGACGAGUCUGAAGAAAUUCACUCUGGUGGACUUCUGAAACGAUAUGUAGAACGACCAGACAGUUUAAAUUUAAUUACAUUAACUGACUGGGCAGCAUGGUACGACUCAUCUGGGCUGACCAAAUAUAAGAAAUCUGUUAAAACAUCAGAUAUUGACAACCUUCCUUUGGAAGAUGAAAAUAAUGAUGAUGACCUAGGUGUUCAAAACACUGAAUGUUGUGUUUCAUCUAAAAAGUCGAUCAAAAAAAGAUCACAUGCAAGAAUUAUCCGCAGUGUUUGGUUUAACAAAGAAUCUCAACCAGAAAAACAUUAUGGUGAGUUGAUCAUGCUUUUCACUCCAUGGCGAAAUGAACAGGCUGAUUUAAUGGGAGCUUACUCUUCCUUUCAAGAACAUUACGAAGCUCGUCGUGAUGAGAUCAAUGAACAAAUGGAACAAUACGCGGUUUGUAGUGAAGACUUAAAUGAAAUUCAACAUCACUUGAAUGUGAUGAUGAUGUGUACGACACAAUAGCACCAGUUACACAAGACAGUGAACGUCGGGAUGAGAACGAAGGUAAUACAGAUACACAUCCAGAUUUAAAUGAAACAUAUGAUGUUUCUGAAGACUUGGGUAUCCCGUCAAGGCUACCUAAUAAUGAACCACUUAUUUUAAAUGAAAUGGAAGAUAUUGAAUACCGACGUUUGGUGCAAAUGGUAAACAAGAAACAAAGGGAAUUUUUUAUCAUGCUUUACAUUUAAUGAAGAUAUCUGAUAAUCCAUUUUAUGCUUUUUUAAGUGGAAGUGGAGGGGUUGGUAAAUCUCACUUGAUUAAGUCAAUUUAUCAGGCUGCUUUAAAGCACUAUAACAAACGAGCUGGCGAAGACUUUCGUCGCGUUCAAGUAUUAUUGCUUGCUCCAACAGGAAAAGCAGCUUAUCUAAUUAAAGGAAACACAAUCCAUAGUGCCUUAUCAAUUCCAGCGAGCCAAUCGCUUAAAAUUUAUAAACCACUCAACUCUGGUAGGUUGAACACUUUACGAUGUGAGCUGGGUGCAUUAAAGUUGAUAUUACUUGAUGAAAUAUCAAUGGUUGGAAACAGAAUGUUUACAGUUCAGUUAAAUAACCGUUUAAAAGAUUUAAAAGGAAGCAAAGACGACUUUGGUGGUGUUAGCAGUUAG